UUAACAGUGUCGUAAUGAGUCAAUGUUAACUCUAACUCGAACAAAUUUUUUAAUUCAUUUUCAAAGAGCUUAUUUCAAAAAGAAAUAUGCAUUAUUUUUGUUCAGUUACCGAGUGUAAAUACAAAACCCUUUGGCCAGGCAACCUUCGGCGCCAUUCAGCCGUUCAUGAAAAACAACAGGCUGGUAGAAAUGGUUGCUCACUGUGUGCCUACAAAACGGCAAGGCGCAAUAAUGUUUUGCGCCAUCAACGUGUGGUUCACGGUGGCAAAGGAGUCGUUGUCAAGAUUCGGAAACGUCAGAAAACUGAAAACCAGCCAAAGCCAGUGCAAAAUCAGAACCUUGACUUGCCUUCAGAGCGAGAGACAGAUUUUGAAGAAGAGCGAAAUUUGCAAUACCAUCUAGAUUUGAAGCAAGAGUUAAUUGUGGAACACAAUUUGAGAAUAAAACAGCAAUUAGAGUUGGAGAAGGAUGCUGAGUUGCAGGAGAAUCUAAAUUUGGAAACAUACCUACCCCUGGACGAAGAGAGAGAAUGGGAGCUGGCGCCAGACAUGGACCAGGAGCAAGAGUGGGUCGAGGAGUUAGUAUUGGAGCAAUCUGUUGACUAUAACGACCAUGUUAUUAUAUGGCCGACAGCAGCUCACUGGGAGGCAUCAUACUAUAAACGACCAGCUUCUACAAGUUGUGGGAUUUCAAAUGAUAAAGCAAUUCUUAAAAAUCUAGAACCCUGAAGUGUGGACCAUAACCGAAGGAUGGAAAAAGCCAUUAAGGAGACUCCAGCUGGGAUUCACUUGCAUUCAAUAGCUAUGGAAAGCAGAUGAUAAAGUUUAAGUUGAAUCCACACGAUUUAUUUAUUUCUUUCUUGUGUUUAUUUUAAACUUUUCUAGAAUUUUAUUACUGUGAUAAUGAAAUAAACACGAGGAUUAGCUAUAGUUAAUUUCCAUAUAAAAUAAAUAAGUUAAUUAUUAAAAUUAAA